UCUCUUUGCAGCUCCCUGCUGUGGUCUGGAGGAAGCAGCAGCCUGGGUUGGUGGGAUUGGAAUGAAGGGCUUCUGGUUUGCAGGGAUCAAGGGUCCAGGGUCCCCGAGGUUGGGUCAGGAGCCUCAAGGGGAUAACUGAGGCUUGGGAGGGAGACAGGGCGAGAUAGAGACUGGCCCCUGUCCGGGAAGAAGCGUCCGGGCAGCUGGCAGGAGAUAGCAUUUAGGCAGAAACCAGGCUUGGGGCAGCUUGGGUAGGGCUCCCCGCAGAUCAGAGGACGGCCUGGAACAGGUCCCAGGGCCAGGCCCCAGGCAGGGGCAGCCAGCCUGAGGAGGGUGGCUGGUUAGGUGGCACUCACACCUAGGUGGGCUGCGAAGAUCAUAGACGUGUCCCAUAGUAAUGGAGACCCCUGUAGCGCAUGUCACCCUCCACUGCAGCAGCCGGAAGGAGUGUGAGGGUCCAGGGAGCAGGGUCCCCCAUUGACAGGGUAGGGAAGGGUUUGCCAAGCCUUCGGCCUUUAAGGCUGAGCGAGCAGGCCCAGUGGAGAGGCAUCCUGGCUGGUCUGCGGGUGAGAGCUGGUGAGCAGGAGAAACUCGUGGGGGCUGUCAGAUUUGGCCAGAGACACAUGCUCCAACAGGCAGAUACUGCAACUGUCAGUCGGAAGCCAUUGGCGUUUGCCAGACAGCAGAAGGAGAGGGUCAGUUCGUCGUGCUCUUGGCCGGGGGCAGGCAGGCAGCCUGUCGUGCCUUUAUUUAAGGACCUUUGGGUGAUUGGAGACAGGCAGACAGCUUGCCGCCUGGAAAUGAUCAAGUGGUCAGCCUGACCAAAUUCAGGACAGCUGAAGGGUCUGACUGGGCACUGUGUGACUGGUGGGUUGGAGGCUGUCAUGUGGCUGAGCAGAGAUGGCCAGCUGAUGGGUCACACAGUUGGGGAUGGUGUCAGGAGGUCAACCUGACCAGCAGAGACGGCUGGCAGGAAGGUCACGGAAGGCCAGCCAGGCAUGGUGCCACUGGAUGCAGGCAGGUGGCGGAUCUGAGUGGCCUGACACAUUGGAUGGUCGCUUAUUUGGGCAGCGUGAUUGUCAGAACAGUGUGGCAGGGGCUGCUGCAGGGAGCCAUUUGGACAUCUGCAGGGCCCCCCUGGAGGCCUCGGAUGGCCACAUAGGGUCUGCCUAUCAGGAGAACCCCCAGAUGGUCACAGUCCCCAGAGACAGCCAGACCCCCGGGGACCCAGCCUCUCACAGUCAGUCCUCCCACCCGAGUGACCCCGAUGGCGGCCUCCCAGCUGGCGGCGCUGGAGGGAGUGGAUUCCGGUCCCAGGGUGCCCGGGGCCAGCCCCGGCUUCCUGUAUUCCGAGGGCCAGCGGCUGGCACUGGAGGCUCUGUUGAGCAAGGGCGCGGAGGCGUUCCAGGCCUGUGUGCAGCGUGAGGAGCUGUGGCCCUUCCUCAGUGCGGAUGAGGUCCAGGGCUUGGCAGCGGCAGCUGAAGACUGGACAGUGGCCAAGCAGGAGCCCAGCGGGAUGGCAGAGGGAGCCACCACCGCCGAUGUGGACGCGGGCAGCCUGAGCUACUGGCCUGGGCAGUCGGAACAGCCGGCGCCCAUCCUGCGGUUGGGCUGGCCAGUGGACUCUGCGUGGAAAGGCAUCACCCGGGCGCAGCUGUACACCCAGCCUCCUGGAGAGGGUCAGCCGCCCCUCAAGGAACUGGUGCGGCUGGAGAUCCAGGCUGCCCACAAGCUGGUGGCCGUGGUCAUGGACGUCUUCACUGACCCAGACCUGCUUUUGGACUUGGUGGAUGCUGCCACGCGCCGCUGGGUACCUGUCUACCUGCUCCUGGACCGCCAGCAGUUGCCUGCCUUCCUGGAACUGGCCCAGCAGCUGGGGGUGAACCCCUGGAACACGGAGAACGUGGAUGUCCGUGUCGUGCGGGGCUGCAGCUUCCAGAGCCGCUGGCGACGGCAGGUGAGCGGCACCGUGCGGGAGAAGUUUGUGCUGCUGGACGGCGAGAGGGUCAUCUCAGGAUCCUACAGCUUCACGUGGAGUGACGCACGCCUGCACCGAGGCCUGGUGACCCUGCUGACUGGUGAAAUUGUUGACGCCUUCAGCCUUGAGUUCCGGACGCUGUACGCGGCCUCCUGUCCGCUCCCACCUGCGCCCCCCCAGAAACCCUCGGUCAUAGGUGGCCUGCAGCGGGGCCGCAGCCCGCACCGCGUGUCCCGCCGCCGCUCCGUGGCCCCCGCGUCGCCUCCGCCGCCUGACGGCCCGCUGGCCCACCGCCUGGCCGCCUGCCGCGUCUCCCCUGCUACCCCGGGGCCGGCACUCAGUGACAUUCUAAGGAGUGUGCAGCGUGCCCGGACCCCCAGCGGCCCCCCGGCCCGGCCCAGCCGCUCCAUGUGGGACCUAAGCCGCCUGUCCCAGCUGUCUGGCUCCAGCGAUGGGGACAACGAGCUCAAGAAAUCCUGGGGCUCCAAGGACACUCCAGCCAAGGCUCUGAUGAGGCAGCGGGGCACUGGAGGAGGCCCCUGGGGGGAAGUGGACUCCCGACCCCCGUGGGGUGGUGCCCUGCCCCUGCCCCCCUCCCACCGUCUCCGCUAUCUGUCCCCAGCCCAAAAGCGGUUCGGUGGGGAUGCUACAUUCAAACUUCAAGAGCCCAGAGGCGUCAGGCCGUCAGACUGGGCCCCCCGGGCAGGACUUGGGGGGCAACCCUGAACAGGAGCCCAAGCCAAAUCUGCUGGCCCACCCAAGGAGCAGUGCCGGACAACUGUCGGCUCAGAGCCCCCUGCCUCAAUGCCCUGCCUUGGACAAGGCUUCUGGCCUCAGCGUCUGUCAAGCAGAAGGGAUGUUUGUCACUUGUUCUGCAACUUGGGCCAGGAGUGGUGGCUCAUGCCUGUAAUCCCUGCACUUUGGGAGGCUAAGGUGGGAGGGUUGCUUAAGGCCAGGAGUUGGAGACCAGCCUGGGCAACAUAGUGAGACCCCAUCUCUACAAUUAAAAAAACAAAUUAGUUGGGCGUGGUGGCGCACGCCUGUGGUCCCAGCUACGCAGGAGGCUGAGGUGGGAGGAUCGCUCGAGCUCAGGAGGUGGAGGCAGCAGUGAGCCAAGAUCAUGCCCUUGCACUCCAGCCUGGGCAACACAGUGAGAGGCCAUCUCUUUAAAAAAAAAAAAAAAGAAAGAAAGAAAAGAAAAAAGAAAAAGAAAGGCUGAUCGAGGUGGCUCACUCCUGUAAUCCCAGCACUUUGGGAGGCUGAGGCAUGUGGAUCACCUGAGGUCAGGAGUUCAAGACCAACCUGACCAACAUGGUGAAACCCCAUCUCUACUAAAUACAAAAA